AUGGAGAGAAGGACAAAGGUAUCGAGAGCCUGUGAUUAUUGUAAAAAAAGAAAGUACAAAUGUUCAGGUGUACCGCCUUGCAAUUUAUGUUUGAAAAAACAAAUCGAUUGUAUAUUCAGUAUAGUUGAUCGACGCACUACAAAGGGCUCCAAGAUUCAAAAACCAACGGAAUACAUCCCAAAGAAUUUACAACCGUUACUUUCUUUCCCUGUCGAUGAUCAAACUCAAUCGGUCGAUACCGCUACAACUAAUGGCGGAAGCUUGCAACCGCAACUGCAACAAGUACUAGCAGCAGCAGCAGCACCCCCUCCUCCUCCUCAACAACAACAACAACCCAAUGGUCCUCAUCAUGGUAAGAAUUUACGUUUACUUUAUGAUAAGGAUGGUAGAUUACGCUAUGUUGGAGAAAGUAGUCCACUUUCUUUAUUAUUUGAAUCAAGAAAGAUCUUUUUAUCAGUACGCGGGGAAUCUGAGUUUACUAAUGACCCAGACACCGUCAAUAUAAUUGAUUCUGGGGCUCAUGUUAAAAACAGCAAAAUAUUACAACUUCCCAAAAAAGAAGAUGCCAUGACUUUAAUUGAUAUAUUUGAUUCCAAUAUCAAUCAAACAUGGUACAUUUAUAAUCGUUUAUGGUUACUGGGAAAAUUAAAUGAAGCUUAUGAUGAUCCUUUAAAGGUUUCCUCGGAGAGAAUGGCAGCUUUCCAUUUGAUUUUUGCUCUUGGAUUAUUUUUUGCCGAAAAAUUAAAUCUCCCCAUUGCUCAACUGAUUGGGGUUAAAUCUGUUGAAUUCUUUGAAAGUGGAUUUGAAUCAAUAAAGAAUAUCCUCGACGAUGGUCGAGUAUGGAUGACAGAGACUAGUUUAUUAAUGUAUUUUUAUUAUCAAUCUACUUCAAGAAGAUCUCUGAGUUGGAUGAUUCUAGGUAAUGCCAUUAGAAAUGCUCAAGCUUUGGGGUUACAUCGAAAAACUGUUAAUGAGUCAUUUCACGGUCUGGAUUAUGUUACUCAUAGAAGGAAACUUUGGAAGACUUUAUAUACAUGUGAUCGAAUUUCUUCUGUAUUGUUGGGAAGACCCUUAAGUAUUAAUGAUUAUGAUUGGGAUGACACUCCUGAAGGUUCGACUUGUCAAGAUGAGAAUACGAAAAUUGCAAAGAUUUUGGGCAACAUUGUUCAGAAUUUUUAUCAAAAUGGUACAGUUAAUAUUCUUCGUGCGGAGAAAAUUGCUAUUGAGUUGAAAAAAUGGAGUAUAAACUUACCAAGUGAGAUCCAAAUUGAUAAGAUUUUAGAUAAUUAUUCAAUUUUGUUGGUACAUAUCUUACAACUUUAUGGGAUUAUGUUAUUGGGAAGACCCUUUUUCAUGUAUUUAUUAUUCAAGAGAAAUCAAGAUAUCAAACAAGAAAAAGUGUUGAAGAAUUUUUGUGGGGCAACCACAAAAGCUGCCGUGUUGACUAUUCAAGUUAUUCAUAUUUAUACACAACACAAUCAAAAGAGAGUAGAACUGUACGUUACUGCUAAUUGUUGUUUAAAAGCCGCAUUGAUUAUUGGAUUAACAAUUCUUUAUCGUCAAACCAAUCCUGAUUACGAACAAGAUGAAUUUUCAAGUGAUGCACUUUUGCAACAACUUUAUAUUGCGAGGUCAAUAUUGUAUUUUUACAGUUCAACAAGUCCAAUUGCUGAUAGAUUUCAUUCAAUAGUCAGCAGAUUAGUUCAUGCAGUAAAACCCGAAGAGCUUUCUUUACCUAUUCCAACACCUUUCCAACAAGGAGAUACUUCAAGAACUGAUUCAACCCCUCCAGAAUAUGUUCCAUUUGAGAAUAUUAUCAAUUUCCAACAAUUCUUUGUUCCUUCAACCACAAACGCGGAAGGUCUUGAAGAAUUCAUGUAUUAUAGUGAUAUGAAUGAUUUAUUAUUUAAUGGCGAUUCAUCAACUUCUGGGAAGACUUGA